GAAACCAAGUUGCAAAUUGUGAUAAAAGUAAAAGUGGAGGAGGAAGGAAAAUAAAUAGCAAGAGGGGCAAGUUAUCAAAAGCAGAAAAAUAAGUUCAUCAACUUUUCUGAUUCUUUUCAUUUCAUUUCAUUUAUUGAAAAAUUUCUUCAUAUAUUCCACCAUCUCUCUCCAAUGUUUUCUUAUAUCCAAGUCCAAAUUCGAAAGAAUUUGGCCUUCUCUAAAGCUUGCUAUAUAGUUAGCCGUCCGCAAAAAGUACUUCACCAUCAUCAUCAUCAUGUUUGGUUGGUGUUUUGGGCGAACACAAAUAUCAAAUGCCAUGUCUAUUGUGGAGCUUUUGGUACAUAUGGACUGUGACGGAUGUGAAAAAAGAGUACGAAAGGCAAUCACUAAAUUAGAUGG